UAUCUCCCUCUCCGUUGUUCGUCAAUUCACAACAGGUUUAAAACGCCUUCUUCAGUUCAUUCGUUAGCGACACAACCAUGCGAUACUACUUGUUUGAUUCUCGCUUCUGGCUAGCGGCCGUCGUCUUUGUUACGUUUGUCUGCCAUAAUCUGUCCAAUGCACAAUUGGUCGAUGACAAAUCGGACAAGAACAAUGUGAGCGUGGACGUUUACUAUGAAUCAUUAUGCAGCGAUAGCAUGCGAUGGAUCGUAAAUCAACUCGUACCGUCGUAUCCGGAAUUGAAAAAUCAUCUCCAUGUUACGUUUAUUCCUUAUGGUAAAGCUAUGCACGCGCGCGAAAGCGAAACCGGUCCAUGGCAGUUCUUGUGUCAACAUGGAGCCGCCGAGUGCCGUGGGAAUAAGGCCCAAGCGUGUGCGAUUCACGCUAUACAGACCUCUGAGGAAGCCCAGGAACAACAGCAACUAAUGGUCAAACUGGUCGGUUGUGCAAUGUCCGCUCGGAACCCGUCGACCGCUGUUCCGCAGUGCGCUCAAGACAUCGGCCUAAGCGAAGGAACGCGGAAAUUGAUUAACGACUGUAUUGCGAGCCCGCUCGGGGACGAUUUGCUCGUAGCGAAUGGUGAUAAAACGCACAAUCUCCAACCACCGCUUAAAUUCGUACCAACUAUAAUAAUCAACGGGGCAUACUCAAAGAAAAAUCAGGACGUGGCACUAAACAAUUUCUCCAAGCUGAUCUGUCAAUAUUUGACAGAGCAAGAGAAACCGAGUCUUUGUAGCAGCGUCAAUUAAGGAAAAUUAGAAAGGAUAAAAUCGAGUUACGCGUUGAAGGUGCGGGGACAAAUAAUUGCUCGGUUGAAAUAGAUGAUGUAUUAUUCAUUUAUAAUAUACAUAUAAGUAUCUAUGUACAAAAAUAUAUACGAUUUGUCAAAUAUAACGGACUACUACGUAUAAAAAUGAUCGUAAAAAAAGAAUAAACGAAAUAAACGAAUUUUUGGAAAGACA